CCAGGCCCACCGUCUCCCUCCCUGCCCGGCACUUACGUGUCCAUCGACCAGCUCGACUUAUGUCCAGUCCUGACCCCCCGUUGGCCACCGCCGAAAAGUGCUAAGGAUGUGAGACCAGACGACUUCAAGGUCAUCAUGUCUAUAGGCGAUUCCAUCACCGCAGGUUUGGUCGCUCGACCCUACCCUGAUGACCCAGAGGCGGCUCAUGAUAUGCAAAUACCACACAGUCCUCGUAAAGGGAAACUAUUCAUAUGGGAAGAAUACCGUGGUCUCUCUUAUGCUACGGGGAUGGACGACGACGCAAUCUCUCUGGCCAAAAUCAUCUCCCAUUACUCCCCGGAGCUCGUUGGUGGGUCUAUUGGUCACCACCCUCCGGUAUCUUGUGCGGCAAAAGCUUGCCACCCGGAUACCGACGGACUGAAUGCGGCUGUAAGCGGAAGCGUGGCUGCCAACCUGUUGUCCCAGGUCGACGAGUAUCUCAUCCCUGCUAUCACCUCCCUGAGACUAGGAGACGAAUGGAAAUAUUUGAACCUUGGCAUUGGCGCAAACGAUCUGUGCGCAUUUUGCUUGUCGCCAAAUAUGACACAAUAUUCAGUUUCAAGAACUCCUCAACAAUUUGCCCACGACAUCAAGCACGCCGUCGAGCACCUUCGCAGUCACGUCCGAAAUGUCAUUGUCAAUAUCGUCGGACUAUUUCGAGUUUCAACAAUUUACAAACUAACACGGAAAGAUCCUUAUUGUCAAGGACCUUUACUACCGGCCAUUCCACACCUUCCCGUUGAAUGCUCCUGUGCUUUACUACCAGGUCCAGCGGGCGACUACACAAGGCAAAGAAUGGAUGAGCUCGGUGAAGCGUACGAUACCGCCGUUCUGGAAGUGAUACGUGAAUGGGAGCAAGAGGAUGAUCCCACAUUUGCGGCCAUAUGGCAACCCGGCUCAGCGAUCGAUCUGGAACAUUGGCCAAUCGAAGCUUUAUCACCGGUCGAUUGCUUUCAUCCCUCUGAGGAGACUCACCGGAGAGUGGCCGCGGGGUUGUGGAACAGGCUCACUCUUAGCUUGGACGAUAAGGCCCGGCCGAUAUACUGGGAAGAUAUUAUCAAGGUGAGAUGUCUCCAGGAGGAGGAUACGAUAAGAGUUGGUGAAAUUGGCGAU